AUGGCUAUUCACUCCAAAAAUGAGGCCUUGAUAUGUAAGGUCUUUCCAUCUAGCUUAGGCCCGGUGGCGAUGAGGUGGUUCAAUGGUUUGAGGGCGAACUCUAUCGACUCCUUCAAGAAACUCACCCGGGCUUUUGGUGCUCGCUUUAUUACUUGUAGUAGGGUUCCUCGGCCUUUGGGGUCCUUAUUGUCUAUGUCCAUGCGGGAGGGUGAGACUCUGAAGUCUUAUUCGAAUAGAUACUGGGAGAUGUUUAAUGAGAUAGGAGGAGAGUACGAUGAUGUGGCCAUAAGCACUUUCAAGGCUGGCCUUCGGAUCUCUAACUGGUACAGAAGAGUAGAAGAAGACCAAUUGUUGGGGAAAGGAAAGGCUAAGGUGAUCCCUCAGGAGAGGAGGGAUUUCAAGUUGGACCAAUACAAUAAUAACCGACCUCAGAAAGACAUUGUUGGGUAG